AUGUACAACAUUGUACAUAUUGACGAAAAAUGGUUCUACAUGACAAAGAAAAUGGAGAAGUAUUAUUUAGUUCCUGAUGAAGAGGUACCGCAUCGUACAUGUCAAAGUAAGAACUACAUUGAGAAGGUGAUGUUCUUGGCGGCGAUGGCUCGACCGAGAUUUGACGAGGAAGGAAAUGAGACAUUUUCUGGCAAAAUAGGAGUGUUUCCUUUUGUUACCAUGCAACCAGCUAAGAGGCGAAGCAAAAACCGAGACGCUGGAACCGUAGAGCUAAAAGCAUCAACUUCUGUGAAACGAGAAGACAUAAGAGCAUGUUUGAUUGAAAAGGUCAUUCCAGUAAUUCAUGAAAGAUGGCCAAUUGAAGAUCGGAGGAAGACUAUUUUCAUCCAACAAGACAACGCAAGGACACAUGUCCAGUGUGGUGAUAAAGAGUUUAAAGAGGCUGCCUGCAAAAAUGGGUUUGAUAUACGUUUGAUGUGUCAACCAGCAAAUUCACCGGAUCUAAACAUUUUAGAUCUCGGAUAUUUCAGUGCAAUCCAAUCAUUACAGCACGAGACAUGUCCCAGAACCGUAGCAGAUCUUGUUCAUGUCGUGGAAGAAUCAUUCGAAGAGUACGCUGCUGAAAAGGUUAAUUAUAUUUUUUUGACCCUUCAAUCGUGCAUGAAAGAGAUCAUGAAAACUGGAGGAGACAACAAAUAUAAAAUCCCGCACAUGAAGAAAGCUACACUUGAUAGAGAGAAUCGUCUUCCUCUUCAAAUAAGUUGUGAUGUCUCCUUGGUUCAAAGCGUAAUGGCUACAUUAGCAUCUUCAUAA